AUGGACUGCAUCUGGCUCUCCAAUACGCACCGCUAUACCACCUCCAAAACUCUUACGCAUCCCUUCCCCACCGCACCCUGCAUCCCCCCACCUGACCGCAAGUGCCCAGGGUGCGGUGCAGGAGCCGGUGGGAAAGAACGGGUGCCGGACCGGGUCAACCAGAAUCAGCUAAGCGUUCCUGCUCCUGACUCCUCCGAGUCCCCAGCCUCCUACGCGGCGACAGUGAGACCCUGCACGGAGCUGGAGCAACCUGUUCAGCAGGAGGCAGCUGCCGGACCCCCAACUUCCCGCACGGAGAGCGUCUCCAGAUCCCGAGAAGGCACCUCUGCAUGCGGACCCAAGCGCAUGGAGAACCACACCGAGCACUCUGAGCGCGCGGUCGCGUCGGGCCUGGGCACCAUGCCCCGGCCUCCGCUAGCUGUACAAGCGGAUUUGACCCUGGUGCCCCUCGUGUGCGCCGUGGGUGUGGCUGGCAACGCUACGGCGAUCCUGGUGGUGCUCCGGAGCCGCCACAUGGUCACACCCACCAACUGUUACUUGGUGAGCCUGGCCGCCGCGGACCUGCUGGUGCUCCUGGUGGCGGGAGUGCCCACCGUAGCCGAGGCGGCGUCCGCCCGGGCUUGGGUCUUCGGCCACGCCGGCUGCCUGGGCGUCACCUAUCUGCAGUACGUGGGCAUCAACGCGUCCACAGGCUCCAUCACCGCGUUCACCGUGGAGCGCUACCUCGCCAUCUGCCACCCGCUGCGCGCCCAAACUCUGUGCCCGGUGGCGCGGGCCAAGCGCAUCGCGGCAUCGGUGUGGCUGGGCACCAGCGCCCACUGCGUGCUCUGGCUCUUCCUGGUGGACACACGCGAGACCGCCUACGCCGACGGCGUGCAGGUGCAGUGCGGCUACCGCGUGUCGCGCUCUCUCUACCCGCCCAUCUACUUCCUGGACUUCGCGCUCUUCUAUGCGCUGCCCCUGGGCCUGGCCACCCCGUUCUACGUGCUCAUAGCGCGCGUCCUCUUUGUGGGGCCGCUGCCUCCUGGCGACCGGGGUCACUCGGGCUCUGCGCACCAGGGCCCCCCGGCUGGCCAGCGGCGCUUCUCCUCCAGCGGCAAGAGAGGCGCCCUCAACUCCCGGAAGCAGGUCACCAAGAUGCUGACGGUGGUGGUGCUGGUUUUUGCUCUGCUGUGGCUGCCCUACAACCCCCUGGUGGUGGUGAAUUCCUUCCUGAGCCCGCCCUACCUCAACCGUGGCUUCCUUCUCUUCUGCCGCCUUUGCGUCUGCCUGAACAGCACAGUCAACCCCAUCAUCUACGCCCUUAUGUCUCAGCGCUUCCGGGAGGCCUUCCAUGGACUAUCUCAGUGCCGGCAGGCGGCCCAGCUCCCUCCCCAGGAGGUCACCCCUGUGGACUACAGUGUCAUCAAAGACUGUUCCCAGAUCAGACUGGGCUCUUAG